AUGAAAAUUUCGUUAAAUUGUAUAUUCCUAGGAACGACUGAUCUUUCUGAUUCUUUUACGGUUCCCGUUUGUGAUAAAAACGAUAUUAAUGGAAAUGUAAUCGACUUUGAUGAUCUUAAAAUUGGAGACCUCAAGUUUCUUAUUUGGAAUAAGAAAAAAGGAAUGUUAAAAAUCGACGAUCCUGAUACUUUGAUCCUUUGGAAGGUCGCUCUCGGUGAUUACCUUAAAGAUAUUAUUACUGAAGAACAGAUUAAAAAUAAAGGCGAAGUGUUGGUGCCGAUCGAACUUCUUUCGAAUUAUUUUUCAAAUAAAAAUGCAGCCAAUAAAA